AUGAAAACCCCAGUCCCCAUGCCAAUAGCUCGCCAAGCGGAGUUGUAUGAUCGGUACAAGCAAUAUCUCCGUUUCCAACACGAGGGCCCUCCGAUCGAAGUAUUGAAGGCUGCCAAAGUCCUAGUCAAGGAGGAAGGCCUCAAUCCCUACCAUGCCGUACAGCUGCACAUGAAACUGGCCGAAAUCCCCGAGAUUGGACUUCACCAUGCCACAGAGUGCGUCAGAACUCUCACACAGCUGAGAGAAACUGAUGACAGUAAAUUCAUUAUGUCGGAGUUGCAGGAGGCAACAAGAAUCAUGAAAGAAAGGGGAACGAUUGAGAAGGCCUGGUUGGAGAAGCACAGUACAAUGACAUUGGAAUCCAAAGAGGCGACUGUACGAAAACGUUAUUUUGAUUACUUUUCCGACCUCGAGAAGGAUCAGUCAUCCCCCAAGGGAAAGGAAACAGAGGAGCAGGACCUCUCCACAGUUAAAAAGGCGAGGACGACCGAUUCGGGCGGUGAGAAGGGGGACAAGGAGGAGAAAGAGAUGGAAGCUUUGUAUGAAGACGCACAGGCGUUUCUUGCUUCGUGA